AAGCCGGAGAAAGUGCCGGCUCGAGUCCCUCCUUCCGGUCUUCUUCCACCUUCUCCUCCGGACUCUGGUCACCGCUGUCCGUGACUGUGUCUCCAACCCCAGUGGGCGGGUGGCAGGACCAUGGAGAACGCUAACGGUGCAGGCGGGAGUGCACCUGAGGACUCUGGUGCUGCCGAGGAGCGAGCCGGGAGCACCACUCCGCAGGGAGAACAGGGUCAGCUCCUUUAUCAUGAGGAGACCAUCGACCUCGGUGGAGACGAGUUUGGGUCUGAAGAGAACGAGACUAUAUCGGAAGAUUCUAAUAACUUUGUGGAUAAGCUUAAUGAGCACAUGAUGGAAAGCGUCCUCAUUUCUGACUCUCCAAACAACAGCGAAGACGACGCAGCCGAGCUGGGCUGUUUGCAGGGUGUCGUGGAGCCUGCAGACGGUCACGCUGAUCCCACACCGGAAAGUCUGCUGGAGGAAGGAGCAGCCGACACCCUGAGCAGUAACACUGGAAGUGACAGGGACACUGGGGACCGUGCACCUAAAGGCGGCUCCGAUUCCACCCCCGACCCGGAGCUCGAAGAAGUAAAAGGUGCGCCCGCCUUGGGAGAGGAGGGUGCCGAGGACCUGGGCCCGGAGAGUCAGGGGCACAGCCCGCCUUCCAGACAGUCCCCUCGGAAGGAGGAGCCCGUGCCCGUAUGCACCAUUUUCAGCCAGUCGCUCCCUGCCCACUCCCAGCCGCCCCUGCUGCUGCGGGACGGCUUCCAGUCCCAGAUGGUGAAGUCUCCUAGCUGCAGCGGUGCCAGCGACGCAGUGGCCAAGACCCCUCCCCAGGCAGUCCAGCCAAGCCCCAGCCUCAGUAAAUUUUUUGGAGACCCCACCAGCACUAAUUCCUUGGCCUCGGACUUCUUUGAUUCCUUCACCACCUCCACUUUCAUCUCUGUCAGUAACCCCAACGCGGGCUCUUCCAUUCCAGAAAAACGGUCUUCACUCUCCACUCCGGUGGGAGAGAGAUCCCCGGGUUCUGCUGAGCCUGCUCCCUCCGCAGGGAUUGAGAAGUCAGAAUCGGGUGUUUCCCCGACUUCCCUAGAAAUUCCUCAGUCCCCAAAACCAUUUUCCCAGAUCCAGGCCGUGUUCGCAGGGAGCGAGGACCCAUUUGCCACCGCCCUGAGCAUGAGCGAGAUGGAUCGCAGAAGUGACGCCUGGCUUCCCGGGGAGGGGACCCGGGACAUCCUGAUUUCUGUGGCAGCCCAGCAAUACAGCACGGUGUUCGUGGACAAGGAGAGCCUCACCAUGCCAGGCCUCAAGUUCGACAACGUCCAGGGGGAUGCAGUUAAAGACCUGAUGCUUCGCUUCCUGGGCGAGAGAGCUGCCGCAAAGAGGCAGGUCUUAAACGCUGAGUCCGUGGAACAGACUUUUGUCGGGUUGAAGCAGCUCAUCAGCUGCAAGAACUGGAGAGCGGCGGUCGACCUGUGCGGGCGCCUCCUCGCCGCCCACGGCCAAGGUUACGGCAAGAGCGGGCUGCCCACCAGCCAUACGGCCGACUCGCUGCAGCUUUGGUUUGUGAGGCUGGCACUACUGGUGAAGCUGGGCCUCUUCCAGAAUGCCGAAAUGGAGUUCGAGCCCUUCGGAAACCUGGAUCAGCCAGAUCUCUAUUACGAGUACUACCCUCAGGUGUACCCUGGGCGAAAGGGCUCCAUGGUGCCCUUUUCCAUGCGGAUCCUGCAUGCCGAGCUCCAGCAGUACCUGGGGAACCCGCAGGAAUCCCUGGACCGGCUGCACCGAGUGAAGGCCGUCUGCACCAAGAUCCUGGCGAAUCUGGAGCAGGGCUUGGCGGAGGACGGCAGUGUGAGCAGCAUCACGCCGGAGAACAGACGAGCCUCCGUUCGGCUGUGGAGGUCCCGCCUGGGCCGGGUGACGUGCUCCAUGGCGAACUGCCUGCUGCUGAUGAAGGAUUACGUGCUGGCUGUGGACGCUUAUCACUCAGUCAUCCAGUAUCACCCGGAGCAGGAGCCACAGCUGCUGAGUGGCAUCGGCCGGAUCUUCCUACAGAUUGGGGACAUAAAAACAGCUGAGAAGUAUUUUCAAGACGUGGAGAAAGUGACGCAGAGAUUGGAUGGACUACAAGGCAAAAUAAUGGUUUUAAUGAACAGAGCCUUCCUCCACCUCGGUCAGAAUAACUUUGAAGAAGCCCACAGGUUCUUCACAGAAAUCCUCAGGCUCGAGCCGACAAACGCAGUGGCCAACAACAACGCGGCCGUGUGCCUGCUCUACCUGGGCCGACUCAAGGACUCCCUGCGGCAGCUGGAGGCCAUGGUCCAGCAGGACCCGGCGCACUACCUGCACGAGAGCGUGCUCUUCAACCUGACCACCAUGUACGAGCUGGAGUCGUCCCGCAGCGCGCAGAAGAAGCAGGCUCUGCUCGAGGCCGUGGCCAGCAGAGAAGGGGACAGCUUCAACACCCAGUGCCUCAAGCUGGCCUAGGACGGCCUCCUUCGGGGGCCGCGGGGCUUCUGUGCGGGGCGGACGCCAGAGCGGGCGCACGGACCUGACCGCUGCGUCCGGGGACACCCCUCUCCCCGGUGCCCGGGAGCGGGUCGUCUCCCCCAGAGCACGGCCUAACCUUGGGCGGCUGGUUAGGCUCCAGCCAGCCCGGUGCCCACAGCCCUGCCACGGUUCUCGAGCGUGGGGUCUGGGCAGCGGGCACGGGCAGCAGGGGUCCAUGCCAUGCACCACGUCCCUUUUGUUUGUUCCUGGAAGCUGAUCUGCUUCACCUCUUAAUUCUGUGCGCAGAGGAAGGCCCGCCAGCCACCCAUCCUCACCCUGUAAAUCCUCGAGUACCUUUGAGCAUAAAGGCAGAGAAACACCAA